AAAUAUCAAACGUCAUUUUCGUACCAUUCGUGAAUAUCACUCUGUCGUAAAGUUUCACUUUGAUUGCGAACAUUAUUCUACAAAAAUGACUGAUAGUGCUGGAAAUUGGUGUCUAAUUGAGAGCGAUCCAGGCGUAUUCACGGAAUUAAUACGAGAAUUUGGUUGCGAGGGAGUUCAAGUGGAAGAACUCUGGAGUUUGGACGCAGACUCUUUCAAGAACUUGGAACCCAUCCACGGUCUGAUAUUCCUCUUCAAGUGGGUACAGGACGACGAGCCGGCCGGUUCCAUUGUCCAGGACAGUCGAUUGGAUAAGAUUUUCUUCGCGAAACAAGUCAUCAACAAUGCCUGCGCGACUCAAGCUAUUCUGAGUAUCUUGUUGAACUGCGAGCAUGCCGACGUGAAACUUGGUAACACGCUGUCUGAAUUCAAGGAAUUCUGCCAGACAUUCGACGCCUACACCAAAGGACUCAGCCUCAGUAACGCCUCGCAAAUCCGCACCGUCCACAACUCGUUCGCCCGACAAACACUAUUUGAAUUGGAUUCGAAGAAUCAAAACAAGGACGAGGAUGUCUUCCACUUCAUUGGGUACAUCCCGAUUGAUGGGCGCCUGUACGAGUUGGACGGACUGAAGAGCGGACCAGUGGACUUGGGUCCUGUUGGCGCCAACCAGAAUUGGGUGGAUGUUGUGCGGCCGAUCAUUGAAAAGCGCAUGUUGAAGUACAGCGAAGGCGAGAUCCACUUCAACCUCAUGGCCAUCGUUUCGGACCGACAAAUGAUCUACCAGAAGAAGAUCGACGAACUUCUGAACUCGCCUGAGAAUGCUAUGGACACGGACGACAAGCAAAACGAAAUUGCCAGGCUAAGGUCGCUUAUCGAGGACGAAAUCGCAAAGAAGAAGCGAUACAAGGUCGAGAACAUCCGCCGCAAACACAACUAUCUUCCAUUCAUUGUGGAACUGCUGAAAAUGUUGGCGGAACAAGGUCAGUUGAUGCCUCUCUACGAAAAAGCGAAACAAAGGGCCGUCGAGCGAGAAGCGGCGUCCGCCAAAGCAAAAUAAUUUUGUACAACUUGAGUUUAAUCGAAAGCGGGAAGGCACGCUUUCAACGUCUGGGGGAAGAUGCCAGUUUGGAAUACAAAUUUCUGAGAAUUUGAAAUGUAUUUCACUUUUUGCAUUUGAGAACUGUUAUAUAUUGAGUGCGUGGAAAUCUUAAAUGUAGAAUAUAUAAAUUGAUAAUUCGAAUUACAAUAAAAUCUACGAACUAAACGAAA